AUGGAGGUCGAUCUGGAAAGCUCCAUCGCGGGCAUGAGUAAUUCAGAGGGCACGUGGUCACAAUCUCCUUCCAAUCUCGAGCCAUCGACAGAACAGCUUGGUACUCGUGUGUCAAAGCUUGCCAUUGUCGUCUCACACGUGACGUCCAAAGUUGGGCUAUUAUUCCAAAUGUCGAAUGUGAUUAGAAAAUUGCAGCCCAGCCACACUAGUCUCAAGAGUUUAGAGGACGCAGAUGUGCAUCAACAACUACAAAGUGAUCUGCGAAGGCUGGGAAAGGGAGUCGAGGACAGCUCGAUUCCAGGCAAAGACCGAUCAGCGUCUUCAACAUCAAGAGCCGAGGCGGCGACAACAGCUCAUGCUCCAAGACUUCAGAGAGAGUCUGCCUCAGCUUUGCCGCAUAACGAAUCAUAUCCCAAGAAAAUAUCCAGGGCAAUAGAGAAGCGUCAGCACGCUCUCCUUUGGGCUGAUAGUAGCUUGAUCCGCACCACCGAGUAUUUAUCCAUGGAAGACUGGCCACGGAAUGUAAUGGCAGAGAUAGACAUGUCUCAUGCUGCGAGACGGGAAACGCCCGUUCUACAGGCAUACAACAGACAGUUGUUGCCGUUGCCCGUCAGCGAUCCGACAGGCCGCUGGACAAACCCGGUUGGCAUGUUCAAUGAGGUACCCGAGCGAUUGCAGAUCAACUCCCUGUUACUCCAUCAGGAACUCGAGCAGAUCACUUCUAUACAGUUUAACUUCAUGCCUCUACGCAUGGGAUCGCCGUACAAACUUUUGAUCCAAUACUUGCCGGAUAUCGAGCUUCGAUUGAAAGCUCUACAGCGAUCGCAGGAAAUGUCUUUAAUGCGGGAAAACAAGACAAACACCAACACUGAGAAAGGUACCCCAGCAAAUCCGGCUCCAGGACGAAGGUGGCCGAAGGGCGAAGUCGGCGACGAAGACGUACGAACAGAGACGAUCGCUACAACUGUCGCUCAUUUGGAAUGCCUUUUGCAGUUCAUCAACUUUGACCUUGCACCUCUUGUCGAGUUGCGUGAAGAGAUAAAGAAUCAGACAUUGACGCACAUCACCUUUGAUAACAUCUGGCACUUGAUCAAGCCAGGCGACCUGCUCCUGUCAAAUGACGGCGAAAAAUUCCAGCUCGUACGCGCAUACUCGGUCACCGGCGGGCAGCGGCGGACGCGAAACCGCUCGAUGGAGGAGUCGCUCUCCAGACAAGUACGUGGCAUGAAAACAGCAACGUGGAACCCCUUUCAACAAAACGAAGAUUCCGAAGAUGAAUAUGUCGAGUCACGGAUUGAUGCCACAAGUGGUGUCGGCACAUGGGCACCAUUGAGAGUUGACUCAUUCAGCAUGUGCGCGAAUGGAUUCAGAGUUGGCCCAAUCGAAGUGCCCCGGAAGAUCAAGCACUUCGCCGGGAAGAAGAAAAUAACUGAUCUUGAAAUUUACCCACUCGUCUUCCAUGAGCAUUGCGAAGUGCUGCUGGAGCAGAUGCGACACCGGGGGAUGAAGUAUAUUGAAGCUUUUGGACACAAAGGCUACCAAGGCAUCGGGCAGUUGCUUUCAGGGGAGAACAGGUUGGAAGAGAUUGAUGGAGACGUAUUUGUCGACCCAGAAUCAUUUUACCAAGCCUACCCGUCCCAGCAACCACGCCUUGGCCGGCUUCGAAAGAGCCAGCCCGACGCAAGCGAGACGACUGAAAGUUUCUUCAACCACUAUAUGGCAUCAAUUCAGAGCGUGCUGAUGCCAGUCAAAAUCGGCGAUUUCGACUCUGCUGACGUGGAAAAUGUUGCUUUGCUGCCGCGGCUCGUGAUUGGUUUCAGCUUCCACGCACACAGUUGGUUUCUUCUUGACAUCGACGACAUAAUCAGCAUAGAAGCCCAGUCAAACCACGCAUUUGAUCAACUUGUUUUGCCGCCGGGCCACAAGAAACUCAUCCUCUCCCAGGUCAAGAACCACAUGUCUCAGCGAUCCUUGCGAUACUCACAGAAACAAGUAGUUGGCUCAAAAGGUCAUGCCCAGACCCCCCAAGAUAUUGUACGGGGAAAGGGUCUGGGCCUGAUAUUCCUACUGCAUGGCCCACCUGGAACAGGAAAAACCAGCACCGCGGAAGCUGUAGCAGCCUAUGUCGGCCGACCUCUAUACACUAUCACGAGUCGUGACAUAGGCGCUGACUCGGAGUCAAUGGACAAACGACUCAGAGAGCAUACUGCCAGGGCAGAGAAAUGGGGUUGCAUUAUGGUCCUUGAUGAAGCCGAUGUGCUGACAACGCGUCGAUCGUUGACCGAUAUAAGGCGCAACACUAUUGUCAAUGUCUUUUUACGUGAAUUGGAAUACUAUUCUGGAAUCAUGUUUAUGACUACGAACCGUGUCGGAGUCAUUGAUGAAGCAAUUGUUUCCAGAAUACAUUUCAGCAUUCAUUACCCUCCAUUGAGCCGGAAGGCAUCAAGAGAGAUUUGGUGGGCCUUACUCAGCCGCAUAAAAAAUGCACAUGAGAAUCCUGGACCAAAGAUUGUUUUCAACAAGACCAAGAUACUCGCCUACAUCGACCGGAACCAGGGUCAAAUGAAUGGUCGUCAAAUCCGCAAUGCUGCUCAAACUGCAGUCGCUUUAGCGAAAGAAGGAGCGGCUUCAGCAGAUUCACCGGAUUGGGCGCACUCGUAUGAUUCGUCUGGUUUGGCUGAUUUGUCUGACGCGUCUGGUUCGACUGAUUCGUUUUAUUCGUCUGGUUUGGCUGAUUUGUCUGACGCGUCUGGUUCGACUGAUUCGUUUUAUUCGUCUGAUUUGACUGAUUUCUCUGAUUCAUCCGACUCAACAGAUUCACCUCAGGAAAUUCCAGGAAUUGUGCGGCUGAGAUGUAGGCAUUUCAAGGUCAUCUUCGCACUAAGCGCUCAAUUUGAUGAGUAUUUUAAAUCUGUAAGCGGGUUCGAUAGGAGUACACAUGCGGAACGGAAUCAAUUGCGUAACGACAACUUCGAGUUGGCAAGAAAUGAAAAAGUCAAAAAAGUCAGAAAAGUCAAAAAAGUCAAAAAAGUCAAAAAGACUGCUCAGGCUGCUCCUUAG